AUGAUUUCUCCUGAGGUGUCCUACGUUCAAGUUUGCGAAGACGAUGGCGCACCAGUUGAGAUACCACUGGAGGAUGACAAAACACUACUGCUUAGUACUCUUGCAGCCCAAUUCCCACGAGCCACCGGCCUUAAGUAUGCCUCCGAAUCCGGUUCCAAGAGGAAGGUUGACGAUGAAGAAGCUGGGAAUUUUGCCAAAACUAAAAGACUUGACGGAAAAAGAUGUACGGACCUCAUUGUUCUGAAUCUGCCCUGGCGGGUGGAGGAAACAGCCCUCAAAAAUUAUUUUUCUCGUUUUGGAGACGUCGUAAUGGCCCAAGUUAAACGUGACCCGAAUACCAAUCAGAGUCGUGGUUACGGUUUCAUUCGUUUUCGAGAUUAUGACGCCCAGGUUAUGUGCCUGGCAGAGCGUCACUUCAUCGAUUCCAGAUGGUGCGAUGUUCGCAUCCCCAUUUCAAAGACCGAGGGCGAUCGUCAAGAGGUCAAUCGCAAGCUCCACAUUGGACAACUCACUGAGGACAUCACUGCGGACAUGCUACGUGACCACUUCUCGCAGUUUGGUCAUAUCACCGACGUUUUCGUUCCACGUCCCUUUCGCUCGUUCGCCUUCAUCACCUUCGAGGACCCAGGUGUGGCGGCCUCCCUGCUGGGUGAGGAUCAGGUUAUCAAUGGCCAGACGCUAACAGUGGGCUCCGCAGUACCCAAGAUGCCUGCCUUCAUGCACCACGGUCACGGCGGUGGGGGUAGUGGUGGCGGUGGCCACGGCGGCAUGAUGCACAACAUGUACCACGCCGCCGCUGCUGCUGCCGCUCAUGGCGGGCCUCAAGGCCUUCCCUGGGGUAGCUGGCAGCACCCGUUUGGAGCCUAUGGUGCUUAUGGGGACGAGGGUAGCGGACCACAGAGCCCUCGAAGCCGCUACAACGGUCCCUCCAUGGUGCCAGGCAUGAGCCCCUCUGCCGUCUCCACCGCUGCUGCCCUUGCCUCGCAGUACACACGCGCCCAUCAGAACCAGGGUGGUGGUUACAUUAGACAACGACCAAACGGCCAGGGUGGCGGUGGCUACCAAGGUGACGAUAGCACUGCCUUGGCCACGCUGAACAUCCUCAGUAAUCCCUCGGUUGUUGCUGCAAUCGUGAACGCGGCCAAGAACGAGGGGAUGGCCGCUGGUCAAGGCGGGAGCCGCGGGACUUAA